AUGCGGGAAAUUCUUCCUAAAGUUAACUGGAAUCAGUUAGCUUCCAUGUAUGUUGAGGGUCGUUCUGGUGAAGAAUGUGAAGCACAAUGGAAGAAAACGCUUCACCUCAUGAGGCAAAGAGUUGGGAGAUGGACCCCAGAUGAAGAUAAACGCCUGACAGUAGCUGCCAUUCUUUUUGGGCCAAAGAACUGGAAGAAAAUAGCUCAAUUUGGGCCAGGUCGUACUCAAGUGCAGUGCAGAGGGAGAUGGGUCAACUCUUGGGAUCCUUCUGUGAAUAGAGGUGAAUGGACUGAAGAAGAGGAUUUGAUGUUGGAAGCUGCAUUGGAAGAACAUGGAUUUAGCUGGUCCAAGGUUGCUGCUGCAUUGCCUGGACGGAUUGAUAACCAGUGCUGGAGUUCAUGUUAA